AUGCUGCAGGCGCCCUGGAGCCAGAACGCCACUCUGCCUGCGCCCACCGGCGGCGCCCCGACGCUGCGGCCCACGAGCAGGCUGCCCGCGCCGGCGACGGCGACGACCGACUCCGCGGCCGAAGCCGCCGGCCCCUCUGCCGGCACCCCGGUGGCGCACAUGGUGGCGGCGGGCAGCCUGCUGUCGCUGCUGGUGGUGUGGACGCUCUUGGGGAACGUGCUGGUGUGCGUGGCCAUCCUGGGCUCCCGGCACCUGCGCGCUAAAGUCACCAACAUCUUCAUCGUCUCUUUGGCCGUCUCGGAUCUCCUGGUGGCGCUGCUGGUCAUGCCCUGGAAGGCAGUGACCGAGGUGGCGGGUUACUGGCCCUUCGGCGCGUUCUGUAACGUCUGGGUGGCCUUCGACAUCAUGUGCUCGACCGCCUCCAUCCUCAACCUGUGUGUCAUCAGUGUGGACAGGUACUGGGCCAUCUCCAGCCCCUUCAGGUAUGAGAGGAAGAUGACCCAGAGGGUGGCUUUGGUGAUGAUCAGCCUGGCCUGGGCACUUUCGCUGCUCAUCUCCUUCAUCCCGGUCCAGCUCAACUGGCACAAGGGUGGGGACCCACCCGUCACCACCAUCCCUUUGGCAGCAGGCUUCAGUGCGGAUAGCGUCACAUCAUGGGCUGAUGCUUUGGGCAGCAAGUGGACAGCGGGUCCCGAUGGUCGUGGGAAUGACACUUUGUGGGUGGAGGCAGCGGAGCACUGCGAUUCUAGCCUGAAUAGGACUUAUGCCAUCUCUUCUUCCCUGAUCAGCUUUUACAUCCCUGUGGCCAUCAUGAUAGUCACCUACACUCGCAUUUACCGGAUUGCACAGGUGCAGAUUCGUCGGAUCUCUUCUCUGGAGAGGGCUGCGGAGCAUGCUGAGAGCUGUCACAGCAGCGUGCGCUUGGAUUGCCCUCAGCACCUCCAACACCACCGUUGCCUCAAGUCCUCCAUCCGGAAGGAAACCAAAGUCCUCAAGACCCUCUCCGUCAUCAUGGGGGUUUUUGUCUGCUGCUGGCUGCCCUUCUUCAUCCUGAAUUGCAUGGUGCCUUUCUGUGAGAGUCCCCCCAGUGACCCAGGAGCUGGCCUACCAUGUGUCAGCAACACAACUUUUAAUGUUUUUGUCUGGUUUGGCUGGGCCAACUCUUCCCUGAACCCCAUUAUCUACGCUUUCAAUGCCGACUUCAGGAAGGUCUUUUCCAAUCUCCUGGGCUGUAGCCAGCAUUGCUCCAGCACACCAGUGGAGACUGUCAACAUCAGCAACGAGCUCAUCUCUUACAAUCCAGACACACUCUUCCACAGGGAAAUUGCCACCACCUGUGUCAACAUGAUCCCCAAUGUGGUGGGCUGUGGUGAGGAAGAUCCUUUUGACAGGAUGUCCCAGAUCUCACCGGAUCGUGAGGUUGCCACAGACUCCAUCUGUCAACUGGACUGCGAAGGAGACAUCUCACUGGACAAAAUUACCCCUCUCACCCCCAGUAGUCUACUUUAG